CUUGGUGACUCUGGCUAUGGUAUUUCUCCUUGGUUAAUCACCCCGUUCAAACCUCCUCAAACCGAUAUUCAGCGUCGAUUUAAUCGUGUUCAUGCAAAGGAAAGGGUGGUGAUAGAAAGGGUGUUCGGACAGUUAAAGAAGAGAUUCCCGAUACUUGGCAACUGUGUUAGAUUGUCUCUAGACAGAGUACCAAAAGUAAUUGUCACCUGUAUUGUGCUGCACAAUGUAGCUAAACACCUCAGAGAUCCUUUAAAUUUUGAAGACGACGCGAAUGAAGAUGGGUGUAACGAGGAUGAAGGAGGCGAAGAAGUGUUCGAAAACCAAGCAACAAAACAACGUGGCGAACAGAAGCGGAAUGAAAUGCUGGGUUUUAUUUAAAUGUAAGUAAAUUGUACAAAAAAUAAAAUUGU